GCCGCGACUGCAGAGCCCAGGCUCCGGCCGCCCCCCGCCCCUGCUGCUGGCCUCGAGGACGCGGGGACCCGGCCCCGCGCUGGCCGCGCCGCGGCGGGUGUGUACGGCCCCCGGCGUCCCUACCAGGCACCAUGGACUGGAAGACGCUCCAGGCCCUACUGAGUGGUGUGAACAAGUACUCCACGGCGUUCGGCCGCAUCUGGCUGUCGGUGGUGUUCGUCUUCCGCGUGCUGGUGUACGUGGUGGCCGCAGAGCGAGUGUGGGGGGACGAGCAGAAGGACUUCGACUGCAACACCAAGCAGCCGGGCUGCACCAACGUCUGCUAUGACAACUUUUUCCCCAUUUCCAACAUCCGCCUCUGGGCCCUGCAGCUCAUCUUCGUCACGUGCCCCUCGCUGCUGGUUAUCCUCCACGUGGCCUACCGGGAGGAGCGGGAGCGCAGGCACCGCCAGAAGCACGGUGACCAGUGCACUAAGCUGUACGACAACGCAGGCAAGAAGCACGGCGGCCUCUGGUGGACGUACCUGCUCAGCCUCAUCUUCAAGCUCGUCAUCGAAUUCCUCUUCCUCUACGUGCUGCAUACUCUCUGGAAUGGCUUCUACAUGCCACGCCUGGUGCAGUGCGCCAACGUGGCGCCCUGCCCCAAUACAGUAGACUGCUACAUUGCCCGGCCCACCGAGAAGAAGGUCUUCACCUACUUCAUGGUGGGCGCCUCCGCCUUCUGCAUCGUGCUCACCAUCAGCGAGAUCUGCUACCUCAUCUUCCACAGGGUCCUAAAAAACAUGCGCAAGAACAGGCCCCCAGGCGGCAGCAAGCGCAGGUCCUCCGCCAGUCGAGCCUCCACAUGCCGCUGCCACCACAAGUUAGUGGAGGCUGGGGAUCUGGGCCCUGACUCAAGCGGUGACAAGCUGCAUGCUUCAGCACCCAUCCAGACCCCCAUCUGACCAUGCAAUGGGGAGCGAUAUCCGGGCUGCCAUUGGGGGCAGGUGGGGCGGUCUUGCGCCGGUGGAGGGGUCCUACGGGUGCUGGGUGCCCUUUGAAUUCACUACUCUAUUUAUUUUCAUUAUUGUCAGAUACUUUGUGAGCACUGGGCACUGUGCUGAAUGCCUGCGUAUAUAUACCACAGGCCCAGGGCCAGCCCUCAAGGGAGACAGACAUUGAAACAACAAAUUAACUACUGAGUGCAGGAGGACUCUUAGGGCACUCAUAGCAAGGCUUCUACGUAACCCAGGAGGGGGUGAUCGGGUGAGGCUUCCCUGAAGAAGUAAUGUUUAAGAGAGGUGAGAAGUGCUUCCAAGCAGAGAGAACAGCAGGUGCAGGGGCCUGGAGGCCACAACAAGAAAGAUGCUUGUCCUGGGUUGGAUGCACCAGACCAAAAAGACUUCCUUCCCUGGAGAGAAGCACCCAGAAUUCUGCAGUGGACAGGAAAGAUUGUCCCAGCAGUGGGAGGUCUGGAGGCCUGAGAGUGAGCUUAAAAAGAAGAGGACGAGGAGGCUCUGGUGACACCAAUCCCUCCUUGGGACGCCCGGGGAUCCUAUGAGUCACCACUGCUUUCAGGGGAAGUCCCCCUCUCCCAGACUCCACUCUCUCAGCCUCAGGAACCUUGGCUUUCAUCUUCCUCCCCGCAAAUGUUCUGGAGAGGCUGGUGCCAGCCUUUCAGACCCUGCUCUGUACGAGUCAGGGUGGAUGCCCUGAGAAGCGCAUCCCCAAGGCCGUUUCUUUGAAAUCAA